UUUUCAAACUGUAAUGUAAGGAUAGCGUCGUCGUCUAGUGAAGCCGUUUGCUAUGCAGUGUGUGUGUGUGUGAGUGGCGAUGCAAAUGCAAGUUCCGGUGGGAGGGCGAGUCCCCACAUGGUUCUCUCGGCAAAGACUCCUCGAAGAGAAGCUGUGCGACCUUCACAAGUGCAGCAAUUUGGACUCUGUGAACCAAAUCCACGCUCAAGUCCUCAAAGCCAAUCUCCACCAAGACCUCUUCGUCGCUCCCAAACUCAUCGCCGCCUUCUCCCUCUGCCGCCACCUCGCCUCCGCCGUCAACGUCUUCAACCACGUCCCCCACCCCAACGUCCACCUCUACAACUCCAUCAUCAGAGCCCACGCCCACAACACUUCCCACCCUUCUCUCCCCUUCAACGCUUUCUUCCAAAUGCAGAAAAAUGGACUCUUUCCUGAUAAUUUCACGUACCCUUUUCUCCUUAAGGCCUGCACUGGCCCCUCCUCACUUCCUUUGGUCCGAAUGAUUCAUGCCCAUGUCGAAAAAUUUGGUUUUUAUGGGGAUAUCUUUGUGCCCAAUUCGCUUAUUGACUCCUACUCCAGGUGUGGCAGUGCCGGGCUUGAUGGGGCCAUGAGCUUGUUUUUGGCCAUGAAGGAGCGGGAUGUGGUCACUUGGAACUCCAUGAUUGGUGGGUUGGUCAGAUGUGGUGAGUUGGAGGGUGCUUGUAAGCUGUUUGAUGAAAUGCCUGAGAGGGAUAUGGUUAGUUGGAACACCAUGUUGGAUGGGUACGCCAAGGCAGGGGAGAUGGACAGGGCGUUUGAGCUGUUUGAGAGAAUGCCCCAGAGGAAUAUCGUUUCGUGGUCGACGAUGGUUUGCGGGUAUAGCAAGGGUGGUGACAUGGAUAUGGCGAGGGUGUUGUUCGAUAGGUGUCCAGCCAAGAAUGUGGUGCUUUGGACGACGAUAAUAGCGGGGUAUGCUGAGAAGGGGCUCGUGAGGGAGGCGACGGAGUUGUAUGGGAAGAUGGAGGAGGCUGGGUUGAGGCCUGAUGAUGGGUUUUUGAUUAGCAUUCUGGCGGCGUGUGCUGAGUCUGGAAUGCUUGGGUUGGGGAAGAGAAUUCAUGCUUCUAUGAGGAGGUGGAGGUUUAGAUGUGGCACUAAGGUGUUGAAUGCGUUUAUUGAUAUGUAUGCCAAGUGUGGUUGUUUAGAUGCGGCCUUUGAUGUCUUUAGUGGAAUGAUGGCGAAGAAAGAUGUGGUGUCUUGGAAUUCGAUGAUUCAGGGGUUUGCCAUGCAUGGACAUGGCGAGAAAGCGCUUGAGCUUUUUUCUAGGAUGGUACCGGAAGGUUUUGAGCCAGAUACAUAUACAUUUGUUGGCCUUUUGUGUGCUUGCACUCAUGCUGGCCUUGUUAAUGAAGGGCGUAAGUACUUUUAUUCGAUGGAGAAAGUGUAUGGGAUUGUUCCUCAAGUUGAGCAUUAUGGUUGUAUGAUGGACCUUCUUGGCCGCGGCGGACACCUGAAAGAAGCUUUCACGCUUUUGCGCAGCAUGCCUAUGGAACCCAAUGCCAUUAUAUUGGGUACUCUUUUGAAUGCUUGUCGGAUGCAUAAUGAUGUAGAUUUUGCAAGAGCUGUGUGUGAACAGCUGUUUAAGGUGGAGCCAACAGAUCCAGGGAAUUACUCCCUUCUGUCAAAUAUUUAUGCUCAAGCAGGAGAUUGGAUGAAUGUUGCCAAUGUAAGGUUACAAAUGAUGAAUACAGGAGGUCAAAAGCCUUCUGGGGCCAGUUCCAUAGAGGUAGAAGAAGAAGUGCAUGAAUUUACUGUAUUUGAUCAGUCGCACCCUAAAUCAGAUGAUAUAUAUCAGAUGAUUGACAGAUUGGUACAGGACCUAAGGCAGGUUGGAUAUGUUCCGAUGAUACAUCAGUAGAGAUAAAUGAAUAUCAUUUGAUUGCCUUAGUAUGCACAGCACAGCACAGCUGGAAUGAUGCUUCAAGGAAUGAAUAUGAUUUUUUAGUUGAGCACAGUGCAUUGCUGGUUUACUAAAAACAGGUAAACAAAUCAUUGUAUUCAUCACUACCACUGGUUUAACCACAAAGUUGUAUGCAUGGCUCAUGGCUGAACCUAUGCUUCUGGUGCAAGCAUCACAGUAUGGAUCCCAAAACUCUGCUUUCAGCAUGGCGUGAUAUCUCUUGCAUGAUUUUGCCUAUCACAGUAAUUGCUUGGUUGUUACAGAAUGAAUCUCAUUGUUGGUUUAGUGAUCCCAACUUGGUCAGAAUUUUGCAUGUAGUCAGCUGGUUGCUCAAUUUUGUGUUUGGAAGUUCUUUUAUGGUUUUACCUUUUAAAUAUGUUGGGGAGAUUGAAGGAAAGAACGGAAGAAAGACUAUAAUAUUGAUGAGCAAUCACGAAACAAAGUUGUGUGCAUGGCUGAGCCUAUGCUUCUGGUGCAAGCAUCAUCCACCUUCCUACUACCGUUGGCAGGAGCUCUUUUGUAAAGUCAAAGAAAGGGAAAAUUGUGAAGAGAAAAUGCUCUGAUUCUUCCUGUCUACUACUUAUUGUAAAAAGAAGCUACACUUAACAUAUGUAUACUGGGUGGCAAUUCCACUCUUGACCGUACCAAUAUUUCUGUGUGCUGGUUGUUGCCAUGGUGCCAAUUCAGCCCUUUUUAUUAAACUUGAAACAUUUACUUGAGCGAGAUUAUUUUCAGAGCUACUUGCUACCUCUAAUCUACACGUCGCUCUACAUUUGUCA